UAGUAGGAACACCACGUCAUUUGUCAAAACGAUAUUUAAUCUAGUUGUCAAACAAAUUGUCGUUAAAAAAAUCGAGUGUUCUAAGUCCUUUGUUUAUUUUAAUUCAUACUUAUACAAUGUAGAGGAAGAAAUUGUUAUUUUCCAUACGCUGGUACCAGUGUCGCCGUCAAAUCAAUGAGUUCUAUUAUUAAUGUUUUUACUGGUUUAUUCAGAAAUUGUAAAUAAAAACAUAUUGUUUUUGUUAACCUUUUAAGACGAAGGAGAACCUUGGUCAUUAAGAUCAUAAUGGGGUCCCCAAGCAAUGGGAUCUACAUUCUGCAAGGGGAGAUCACACUAGUGGUGACGGCGAUGAGGCGCUCAUCUCGCUGGUCUGCCCAUUCUCAGAGAGACGAGGACGGAGACCCACUUCUGAGCAGUUUUGCGCAACUCAAAGAUGUGCUCAACAACAUCACUGAACUUGUGGAGAUUGAACCGAACACAUACCUGAGCCCAUUUCUGGAAGUGAUACGCUCAGAGGACACCACAGGCCCCAUCACUGGCCUGGCUCUCACCUCCAUCAACAAGUUUCUCUCAUACGGUCUUGUGGACCCUAAACGUGAUGUUGCUGCAGCAGCCAUUGAGAACAUUGCAGAUGCAGUGACUCACGCCCGGUUUGUGGGCACAGAUCCUGGCUCUGAUGAAGUCGUGCUCAUGAAGAUCCUACAUGUUUUGAGGACCCUUUUGCUGUGUCCAGCUGGUGUUCUGCUCACAAACGAGUCGGUGUGUGAAAUCAUGCAGUCUUGUUUCCGUAUCUGCUUUGAAAUGAGACUCAGUGAGCUACUGCGCCGUUCUGCCGAGCACACCUUGAUGGACAUGGUUCAGUUGCUCUUCACAAGGCUACCCCAGUUCAAGGAAGACCCCAAAUGGAAUGCUAACAUGAAAAAGUUAAAAAUGAGGACUGGUGGUGUGGAUCAAAACCGUCUGAGCCGUCGCAAGAAGUCCCCAAAACUGAAGCAAAAGAAGCUCAAGCCCUCUAGCGGCCCUCACCAGUCUGUGGAUCAGACCUCCGUGGCAGGGACAGAGACUGAUGACCCCGGGGGAGUGGGCGGGGCGGGGGAGAGGGGACAGGCAUGUGGAGACCCCGCCUCAAGGGGAGGUCAGAGUGUGCCGUCUGUGGGAGGGGGUGCAGAUGAACCAACAGUACCAGGGAGGAAGGAGGGCGACACAGUGUCAGAAGGCCAUGACAGUGGUGUAGAAAUGAGAUCACGAGAGGUUGUGGAUCCGGGUGUAGCAUAUGUGGAGGCAUCACGGGAAAGUAUAUGCACAACCCCUGUGGAAGGAACAACCAUUAUUGACAUCGUGAAAGGCUUUCAGGAUGCCUCUGAUAUGGAGUCAUACAAUAUCCAUCAAGAGGAUUCUAGUUUAAAAGUGGAGAGCCUGGAAGGAGAUGACAGUUUAAGAAGGAACAUCUCUUCAACUGACUUCAAAGAGCACAUCUCGCUGGCUAUCCCUGAGGAGGAAAGCCUGGUGAGGUCAGCCAGUGAGGUCAGUCUGCCCGUGUCCCAGUCAGACCACGGGGAAGAGGACCCACACAGUGUGACAGACUGCAGCGGACCCACUGCGGACUCAAAUGAUGCCAGCAAUACUUUGAACGAUGAACGUGUUAAUCCGCGCGGCGUGAGAUUUAUACCACACCAGGGAAACCAUCCUGAGGACUCUGCGCCACUCGUUCCGUAUGGCCGCCCAUGCGUUCGGGAACUAUUCCGGUUCCUGGUAUCACUGACCAACCCCCUGGACCGCCACAACACGGACGUGAUGAUCCACAUGGGGCUGAGCCUACUCACGGUGGCCCUGGAGUCAGGGGCAGACAACAUCAGCCAGUUUGCCUCCCUUAUCUACCUGGUCAAGGACGAUAUGUGCAGAUACUUGUUCAUGCUUGUGCAGUCUGAAAGGCUGUCCCUGUCUGCAGCUGCCCUGCGUGUGUGUUUCCUCCUGUUUGAAUCCCUGCGCUUUCAUUUGAAACUCCAGUUAGAGAUGUACCUUACAAGGCUGAGUGAGAUAAUCACAUCGGACCACCCACGGAUCACAUACGAGGUGCGAGAGCUAGCCCUGGAGUCCAUGGUUCAGCUGUGGAGGAUACCUGGCCUGGUGACUGAGCUCUACCUCAACUAUGACUGUGACCUCUCCUGUACAAACCUAUUUGAGGAUCUGACAAAGCUGCUCUCUAAGAAUGCAUUCCCGGUGUCUGGCCUAUUUUCCACCCACCUGCUAUCACUGGACGCUCUAUUGACGGUUGUGGACAGCAUAGAACAGCACUGCCACUCCCGGAUCCUCAAAGCCACCGCCAAACCUUCAGACGAGGGGUCAGGAAUGAAGUCUGAAGGGUCAGAAGUCAUGGGGUCAGCUGAAGGUCAAAGUCACUCGGGGGUUAAAGAAGAUGGCCUUGUUGGACAUUCUACAAAUGGGUUUGCGAUGGGGACAAAAGUUAUACAGGGGAAGGAAGCUUCUAUAGAUGUUGGUAAGACACUCAAGGAUGGCAGAAAAGUGCCGUAUAUCAAACCCAAUCGUAUGAAGGUCACAGCGGAGUUACCUGGACAUGAUGAGCUAACUGCACUCAAACAACGAAAACGGGUAUACAACACGGGUACAGAGUACUUUAACCAGAAGCCAGGCAAGGGUAUAAGCUAUCUACAGGAACAGGGUCUGCUAGCUGACCCUUUGGAGCCCGGAGAGGUCGUGACCUUUAUACGGGGCAAUCCUAAGAUUGACAAGAAAGUGCUCGGGGAGUUUAUCACAAAACGAAGUAACUCGCAGCUGCUUGAGGCAUUUGUUAAGUCGUUCCACUUUGAAGACCUGCGUAUAGACGAGGCACUCAGACAGUAUUUGGAAGCCUUCAGACUUCCUGGGGAGGCCCCGGUCAUCUCUAUGGUGAUGGAACACUUUGCAGACCACUGGCAUAAAUCCAACGGUGAGCCCUUUGCCAAUGCAGGCGCAGCAUUUAUACUUUCCUAUGCCAUUAUCAUGCUGAAUGUAGACCAGCACAACCACAAUGUGAAGAAACAGAAUAUACCUAUGACUUUUGAGCAAUUUAAAAGGAAUCUGUCAAAAACCAACGGGGGUGAAGAUUUUGAAAGUGAAAUGCUGUUGGAAAUCUAUAAUGCUAUUAAAACCGAGGAGAUUGUGAUGCCGUCAGAGCACACAGGGCUGGUGAGGGAAAAUUACCUGUGGAAGGUGAUGCUGAAGAGGGCUGGUACUCUGGACGGGGUGUUCCGCCACGCCCCCACGGGAGCCUUCGACCAUGACCUGUUCACACUGAUCUGGGGACCCACUGUCGCUGCUCUCUCAUUCGUGUUUGACAAAUCUUCCGAUGAAGCCAUUAUAGCCAAGGCUAUUUCUGGGUUCAGAAAGUGUGCCAUGAUAUCAGCUCACUAUGGAAUGAGUGAUGUCUUUGAUAACUUAGUGAUCUCCCUUUGCAAGUUUACAACACUUCUGAGCACUGCAGAGGCCCCAGAGAACAUCCCGAUACAGUUUGGUAUGAACAACAAGGCCCAGCUUGCGGCGCGGACGGUGUUUACCCUGGCACAUCGUCAUGGCGACAUCCUGAGGGAGGGAUGGAAGAACAUUCUAGACUGCAUGCUACAGCUGUACCGAGCUAAACUGCUGCCAAAGAGCAUGAUUGAGGUGGAAGAUUUCAUCCACCCCUCUGGUAAGAUCUGCCUCGUAAAGGAAGAGAGCCAGGGGACCAAUCAGCGAUCAGAUACCGGGGUCCUCAGCAGUUUCUACUCGUACUUCACGAUGACGGAGUCCGCUACCAGCAAGGGACCCACUGCCGAGGAGGCUGAGGCAACUAAAGUUGCGACCAGGUGUAUACGGGAGUGCCAGCUGGAGCAGCUCAUUGUGGACAGCAAGUUCCUGAGAGAAGAGUCCUUGCACGAACUGAUCAAGGCACUGAUAUUCACGUCGCAGGGCCCUGAGGCUCAUGAUUCCAUGGGCACAAACUAUGAUGAGGACGCAGCUGUCUUUUUCUUUGAACAAUUCAUCACCUGUAUACUGCAAAACAGGGAUCGUGUCACGCCAGUUUGGGAUUCAGUAAAGGAGCACAUAUACAGUCUCAUAGUCAACGCUCCCCACCACACCUUCAUGGUAGAGAGGGCAGUUGUCGGUCUGCUAAGAAUUUCUAUACGUCUGUUACGACGCGAGGACAUUGCCCCUCUAGUGUUAUCCUCAGCACAGAUUCUGUUAAUGAUGAAACCCCAGGUGGUCCACAGUGUCAGUAUAUGUCAGCAGGUCGCCUAUGGACUCCAUGAAAUGCUGAGGACUAAUGCGGCUAACAUCCACCAGUCCGUAGAUUGGUACCACCUGUUUACGCUUCUCGAAGUUGUGGGGGCGGGUGUUGAUCCCCCACCAGUGCUACAGGUCAACUCUGGGGUCAACCUUCCAGAGGGUCUGAGAGAUGCAGAGGCUCAGAGUGACAGCGAGGUGUCCUCCCGAAGUGGUGCCGUUACCGGGGGCGACAGGGACUACAACUCAGACAGUGAGUUUGAGAUCAGGAACCGGCCAUCUGCCUCGCACGGGGAGUUUGAGGUGCGGGCCGUACCAGAGAACGGCAGCUGGAUGCUGGUACACAAAGAUGAGCAGUACAAGCGGCUGCCACCAGUCAACCAGUACAGCAUCGAGCUCAAUGAGCCAAUCCAGUGCUGUGAUAUCCGCUCCAUGCUAAAAGCAUCUGAGACCCUGUCAUUCCUGGUGAGAGACGCCGCCCAUGUGACCCCACUCAACUUUGAGAGCUGUGUGCACGCCAUAAGGUCCUUCGCUGAGGCCUCGCUGAAUGGUGGUCACAGACGCAAGGUGUCAGUACCAAGGAAUCCCCGGGACCGCAAGUCCAAACACAAAACGAAGAAGGGUGGCGGGAACAUGAAGAAGUCCAGCUCCUCCCCAGGUCAUUUCCAUGGUAACCAGGGGUCAGACGAGGAAGACGAGGGGCAUGAGAUGGACGCAGAGAUGCAGACACUCUCCAUACAGCUGCUGGACCUGAUGCACACACUUCACACACGGGCCAGCAACAUCUUCAUGUCCUGGUCCGAAGAGAACAAGGGCACCAGGGAGCCUGGAGCCAGGGGUGAUGAUGGCUCAGAGUCCCUGUGGAUCAAAUGCUGGUGUCCUCUGCUCCAAGGUAUAGCUAGGCUGUGUUGUGACUCAAGAAAGCAGGUUAGAGGGCAGGCGUUGACCUACUUACAGAGGGCUCUGUUGGUGCAUGAUCUCCAAACACUGUCAGCCAUUGAGUGGGAGGCGUGCUUUAAUAAAAUCCUGUUCCCACUGCUGACCAAGCUACUGGAGAACAUCAACACUCAGGACCCCUCUGGUAUGGAGGAGACACGCAUGAGGGCAUCUACACUUCUCUGUAAGGUGUUCCUACAGCAUCUGACCCCUCUCCUGACCCUGAGCACAUUUACAGCCCUCUGGCUCACCAUUCUGGACUUCAUGGACAAGUACAUGCAUGCUGACAGGGGUGACCUGCUGGCCGAGGCCAUCCCAGAGUCCUUAAAGAACAUGUUGCUAGUGAUGGACACGGCGAAGAUAUUCCAGUCGUCUGGGGGAGAGGUGGACAGUCAACUGUGGCGGCUCACCUGGGACCGUAUCAGCACCUUCCUGCCACACCUGAAGGACGAACUCUUCAAGCCAGCUGAACCAGAGCCCAUUAAGCUGGCAAUGGAAAGGGAGGCAACUCCAACUCCUGAGGCUGAGUCAUCCCCUUUGAUAUCAGGGGCAACAACUGAGCAGUCUUCCACUCAGGCAACAGAUGGAAAUUCAGAACACCAGUGUGACCCCCCAUUGCGGCCAACAACCACUGUAACAUCACGUCCUAGCAGCCCAGACAACAGCUUCUUAGCAACGGAGACAGAACUUCCCAUAGCGGCCCCAUACUUCCUUCACACUCCAUUACCCAUACUUCCCAGCUCUGGAAUCAUCAUGACGACCCUUAAUGAGCAAACAAGCACCAGAAAUGCUGCUCAUGGGGUGGAUUCAACUCUUCGACGCAGCCCAAGUGAACCUGUGUUGGCACCCGCGGUACCUCUGUUGUUAAACCCAGACCUUAUGAAAGAUGGUCAGCCGAGCGCGAGACUCGAGUCCCAGACCUCCAGCAGGCGUUCUACAAGCCCCACCCACAGCCCACAGCACGCCAGAGAUGUCCCUGUGGCAAACUACCCAAUGAACCGAGUCCAUGAUAUAUGAAGGCUGGACUCCUAGAACUGGUAACAGAACGGUUAAUAGCAAAGGAGGAGAUGGACUCUUAGUGGAGAGUUUAUGGACUUAGUGGAGAGUUUAUGGACUCUUAGUGGAGAGUUUAUGGACUCUUAAUGGAGAGUUUAUGGACUCUUAGUGGAGAGUUUAUGGACUCUUAGCAGAUAGUUUAUGGACUCUUAGUGGAGAGUUUAUGGACUCUUAAUGGAGAGUUUAUGGACUCUUAGUGGCGAGUUUAUGGACUCUUAGUGGAGAGUUUAUGGACUCUUAGUGGAGAGUUUAUGGACUCUUAGUGGAGAGUUUAUGGACUCUUAAUGGAGAGUUUAUGGACUCUUAGUGGAGAGUUUAUGGACUCUUAGUGGAGAGUUUAUGGACUCUUAAUGGAGAGUUUAUGGACUCUUAGUGGAGAGUUUAUAGACUCUUAGUGGAGAGUUUAUGGACUCUUAGUGGAGAGGUUAUGGACUCUUAGUGGAGAGUUUGUAUGAAAUGAAAUGAUGGAUUUCUUGUUUGAGAAAUUAUGAUGUCUAAUGAAGUGUUCCAGUGUUCAACUUAUGGAAAGAGAAAAGUAAAUACAAGUUUAUGAAGUGAUGGAUUGUUAUAAAACGAAAAUUUAUUGUCAAAUGGAGUGAUAGACUCUUAGUUAGAGAAAAGUUAAAAGCAUAUAGUGUUGGACUUCUUGAAAGAGAAAAGUAUUAACUUUAGUGAACUGAAUCCACACUAUGGUUUAAGUGAUGUGAAAGAAAACUUAUUAUUAUAGCGGACUACGUGCCAAGUCAGAAUAUAUGACAUGAUUGACCCGGAAAAAAGACAUUUUUAACUGAUUCCACUAUUCAUGAAGUGAUGGGCUGUUAUUACGAGAAAAACCCCAUAGAUAACCGAGUAUAAUCCACAAAAGAUGACGUGGUAAGAGAAAAGAGUGAUUUACUUUUAGUAAGAUUUAGUAAGAUUGGAUAGGGACAGGAUUUCUUAAAUUUGUAUAAAAAUAGAUGACUAAAUAAGAGUGUUCUAUUAACCCAUUUAUGCCUAGUAGACUCUCCCAUCCUUUAUUUUGGAUCAAUUUAUUUCCAAAAUAAGGGAUGUCUAGUAUAUUUAUUUCUAUAUUUAGAAUAUUUCUUACAGAAAUUCCUUAAAACAAACAGCGCAGACCCUGAUGAGACCCCGCAUCAUGCGGCGUCUCAUCUGGGUCUACGCUGUUUGCCAAGGUCUUUUUCUAGACGCUAGGCAUAAAUGGGUUAAUGACAUAAAGGAAAUAUGUACCCAGCAAAUUUGCAAAUGUAGAAGAAAUAUUUUAUUUUUAUUUUUUAAGCAAACCAUUCAGUAGACUGGUUUUCUAGAAUGUCACGGGUCUUUAAUAAUAAUGAAUGAAGUUAUUGCAUACACCUACAGGUAGAAAGCAUGUAUUCUGCCGCCUAAACGCUGAUUGACUGAUAAGAUUAUGGGGCAGAAAAGAUUUCAAGCUUGCAUCAUUUUAAAUUCAAAGAGAGGAUGUUGUCAAGUGUAGCAUGCGCAAUGAUGUAAAACUGUUUGUUUCAUGUUGGAAAAGUCUGGUUAGAUUGUUUGUAAUGCUUCACCAGCGUGAUAAUGUUAUAAACAAUGAAGGCGAGAAAUUCGGGACAAAACCCCGAUUAUGUUUUGAAGCAACCCAUUUGUCUCACACGUCUUGUGAAAGCUCCUAAACAUAAGCAGCUGAUUAGUGUGUUAGGGCUUUGAUUGGUGGUUAGCUGAAUGCAAAUUGCAGUAGGAUUAGAGCUUGCCAGCGCCUGUGAAAUAUAAUCAUGAAUCAGAAAAUCAAGCGUUCCGGAACACUGAUUCGGAAGUUAAGGCACAGCAUUGCAGCUGCAAUAAAAUGCCAGGGGGAAAGCCUGCCUUCUGACCUUAAUAUAGCUUAAUUAAAGUACUUUUAUAAACAGAAAUAAGGGUAUCACAAUAUUACUUCUAUCCAUUACCUGCAUGUUUCCAAAGUUUUCAUGUACAGCUUAGUAACGAACAAUAUCAUUAGCCAAGAUUCGAAAUACUCUGCUUAAAGAACUGACAAUUUUAAUUAAGAAGAAACCGGACGUCUGUAAACAGGGUUUGACAGUAUGUUGAACAACUGUCUACAUAGGAAAUCAUCAAAUGUCUUCACAAUAUUAAUAUAACUAACCUUUGACUGCUCCUAAUGCACUGGCAAGGUCAUGUAUGGGUCAAAUAUUAGGUUAUUGCUGACUUCUGUUAUUGGUAAUGUCAAGACCUAGGUGGCUGAUCAUUAUAUAGAAUCAUGUUAAAUUGCCAGGUAGUUUUAAUGCUAUAGAUUUAUAAACAAUUAAAUUGUUGGAAACAGUGCAUAGAGCCGUUAAUUAAUACACAUAUGUUUUUUAUUGGUUGUCACUUACACCUUUAUUGUAUUCAUAAAUGAUGCAAAAAUACUAAUACCUGGUGUGAUAAAAAACUUAAAGUUAAAAUUGAAACUCAAGUUUUGCUCUUAUGUGAAAUUUAAGAUGGGCAUUUGCAUGUUGAAUCCAAUGAUACUUGCUUUUUUAAGCCUUACAGAAUGAAAAAAUACAAAUCAUUUAUGGCAAUAACUACUGGUUUCAUAUAUUUUCUUUAAAAACAAACCCAUAGAAAUGUAAAACAGCAAGAAUUGUACAAAAUUAAAAUGUAAGAAUUUAACAAAUAGAGAUUUUUGUAUAGCUUUGUUACUCAUUAUUGCCUGUUCUUCUUAUUGAAUUAAUGAUAUGGUUAGGGAUGAUGGUCGGUUUUUUAUGUGGGAGAACCAAGCUGUUUUUAGCCUACUAAAUGUUGUUAUACCUGUACCUUGUUGUAAAGGUGUUUCGGUGAUUAUUUUUUCAUUAAGUGAUAUGAUUUGUUCUGUGCAAUACCGGAUGUUUUGUGGUAUUAAAUCUACAGUGACAAUAUUGCAGAAUUCUGUUUGUAAAAAUAUUUGACUUGUACAUGGAUUGCUGUAUAUUUUUGGUUGAAUUUCAUUCUCAUGGUGAGAUAACUUGGUGCAGUUACUACUACAGCUGAGGAAUUAAGAACUGAAAUCAUGUUUGCAUUAUUUAUAUUUUUUUGCAAUAAACAAUAUAUAUACCCAAACUGGUGUUUCCAACUCCUCUGUGACAGAGGGGGUAUUCAUGUGAUAGUCAAGAUAGUCAAAAUGGUGAUGUUCUAGCCAAGAAGACAGAGGUUUUUUUCGCUGUUUUAUAUCUUAAUACUUUUAUUAAUUGUUUAAAUGCCACUCACUUUCACGCCAUAUCAGCAAGAAAGUCAUAAGCAUUUAUUUCAUAUUAAUAUUUGCUCUAUAUCUUGAAUUUACUUAGUUUCUCAACAAGAUCACAACAUUACAGUUCCCGCAAAGAAAAUUCAAAGCAAGUAAAGUCGAGAUAUACAGCGAAUAAUAAUUCAAAAUAACAAAAUCAAGGCUAAUCACUUUCUUACUGAUAUGGCUGGGCAGUUUUCAACAUUCAAAAAUUAAACACUGGUAAUAAAGGAUAUAAAACGUAGAAAAAUAUCUGUUUAGACAUGGACUUCGCCAUAUUGACUGCAUGUGAUUACCCCCUGUGUGUAACUGCUGGGCGGAAUUUGUUCCAACUGUAGUAACUGAAUGACCUCAAUUUGUAGAUGAGUAUAAAAAAAGUAAUGUUGGCAGAAAAAAAUUGUCUUUGCAUUAAAGCCUUUUGUCUUUUUGUCCACUGUAGAAAAUUACAUGUCUCGAAUUGGCAUCAGUGUUUGUGACACAUUUGUUAAUAUAUACAUACAAUUGUGCUUGCUGUAUUAUGAACGUGUAAUAUUAUAUUAUUUAUGUUGUUAGUCAUGAUAAAAUAGAUGUUUUAUUGUGUAAAGAAUUGUUUCAUUGAAUAUGUGAUGUUGUUAUUUGUAAUUCUGGAUCAUUAUGUUAUAAGAUAUAAAUGUAAUAAACUUUAAAAUAUUA